AUGAUCAACCUCUCGCUGAUCCCCCUCUUCCUUUUCGCUUCCACUGGUCUCGCAUCCUCCACCCCCGAUGGAAAUCUCACGCCGACUCUAGAUGAAGCGAAAGAAGUGGCCCAGCACUGGUUUGAGUCUUUCGCAGACGGUCUAAAGCAGUCGGGCGCCAAAGACGUCAAAGUGAGCAAGAUUGAUAGAGAGGACGAUGUCCUCUUGUUAUCACCCUCUAGCAUACUUCCGCCGAGCUUCAGACAUAAUCCAGCAGAUCAAGUCUUUGCCCGGAACAUUACAGGGCGCUAUCGAGGGGCUCAAGUCCAUCCGCUCUCCCUCUCCUCCCCUGCCGCUCGAACUCAACAUUCAUCCUAUUGGUCUUCCCUCAAUCCACCCUUCGAUACCAAUCUACUUAUCACACCGCCAGAUGAUGACCAGAAGCCAGCAGACAAAUGGCGAUGGCAAGAUACCACCCGCCUCGACAUGUCAUUCACCGAAACCGCCCCUAUAGGCAUCAAUUAUACUAAAGCCUCUUCAGGGGAGUUCCCCUUCUACUUUUGGGGCGCCGGCGACUGGCUGUUCGCCGAAGGCUCUCUCACCCUAACUUCCGCAUCCCCUGCUUUGUUGGGCUUGUGGAACAACGAGGACGUGGUCAGAUACGACUUUCACGGGAUGCACUACAUUCCUAACGGGACCAUCAACCUCUAUGCCCUUCCCCGAGGAAAACGCAUCUUGCCGAUAGCAUCCAAAGUUCCGGAUUGGGGACAGGGUCAUAUCCUGGAUGGGUUGGUGACGGAUUUCUCAGAGAAGAUGGAUGUAAAGAAGCAGCUGGCUUGGUAUAGCCACGUGUGGUUCAACACGCGGUUUGACAUUGAAGAAAAGGGAUUGAUGACCCAAUGCCCGCUCUCUAUACACAUAACCCUCCCUCCCUCUGCCGACCUAGCGAAAUCAGACAUCACCUCUACAAACACCGACGACGUUCUUUCUUCACCCCGCCUAGCCGGUGUAGCUAUAGCUGAAGGCUGUGGCUGGGCUUUGGGGUUUGAAGGCGGUGGCUUUUUUGAAUCAUCGUCUUUCGGAUAUGUGUUUGCCUGGGAGAAAAAUCCGUUUUUGACAGGGCGGAAGAAGUGGGUUUGGAUCAUUGUUUCUUGGCAAGUCGGCCAGAUAUGGGUACUGUAUCAGCAGACUCGAAGGAGACCCGACUUUUUGUACAAUUAUCAACCUACAACUGUGCCGGCUUUGCUCGAAGAAAAGGACUAUGAAUGUCCUAUCUGUUACGAGAUCAUUGAUCUUGCUGCGCAGGCCAUCACCCCGAUGCCCUCUUCCGAACAACAGGCCAAUGACGCACUUUUGAAAGAAGGACAAAGGGGGGACGCGCAAGUGACGACGGGAGAGGGCGAGCAGGAAGUGGCUCUCCGGGAAGGAGGACCAGGUCAAGAAGGGGAAGAGAAGGGAGAACGCGAUUACGCCAUCACACCUUGUAACCAUGUCUACCACAUGUCUUGUAUGAAGGAAGUCAUGAAGAUGCAUUCUCUCUGUCCGUUAUGCCAGGCGGCUUGGCCGAGCGUGGACUAA